CAAACUUCCGAGGUAACUGGAACGCAACAUAUGUCACAAGACAAACAUGGCCGCGUAUAUUUUUAUAACAUCGAACUCCUAGUAUUCGUUAAAAGCCAACAUUGUAUGAUCUCAGUUAUUAAUACAAACUGCGCGUUUCCAGGCACUUUGUGCGUAAUUCAGAGCAGGACUGAGGAUUUACACAGCUGUGUCGUUUAGCGACAGUUUUCUUGGUCUUUAUUAGCUUCAUCGACAUUAUGGCAUCUUCAUUUGUUGUUGGAGACAAAUUCAGAUGUCGGAUGACAGAGUUGCUGGGAACCCCGGACUCAUCCCUGCCUGAAGGACUUAAAGAAGAACUGAUGGAAAUCCUGGAAAAACCAAAGCCAACAGUCCUGCCUUUCAGCACAGCAAGGAAGCUGAAGAAACACCUUCAGGAUAAAGGCCAUCCUUUCUAUCUUCAUCAAUUACUGGAAGACAGCUCACUGCACCUGCCUGAAGUCGUGAAGCCUCCCAGAAAUCCUGAGUUAGUGGCACGUCUUGAGAAGAUCAAAGCGAAACUGGCUAAUGAGGAAUACAACAGGAUGACGCGUAAUGUCAACACUCAGGAAAUGAACCGAAAUGGCACACUUGCAGAUUUUGGUCAGCAAGUGCGCUCGGUAAAAGCAGUGGUGGUGACUGUUUUCAACUUCCUGGUGACUUUAGUUGCUGCUUUUGCUUGCUCUUACAUGGGAAGCCAGUAUUUAUUUACUGAAACCGCAACGAGGGUGAUAUCAGCCGUGAUUGCUGCAUCUGUAGUUGGACUGGCUGAGCUCUAUGUCCUGGUCCGGACCAUGGAGGGAGAACUAGGGGAACCAUAGCAACUGUAAAAAAAAAAAUCUAAAAAAAAAAUCAAUUACCUACAGAUGUUUAGAUUUUUGUUUUUUAUUAAUUCUAUUUAUUUUAAAUACAUUUGUUGAACUUUUUUUGACAUGUUACUUAUAUUCUUCACUUGUUUGUUAUUCUAAACUUUUUGUUUUUCUA